GAUUUGUGCUGCGUACACAAAUUAUAAUCUGAGUGAAUAAAUUUAUGUGCACUUUUUACAAGGUUACGAUCCCUACGUGGAAUCGUUUUAGAUUAAUAAGCAUUUAACAAUGGAUUCAAUACGAAGGUCAUGGAAACUGCAAGAGUUCAUCGCCCACAAAGCAAAUGUCAAUUGCCUGGCGAUGGGCCAUAAGUCCAACCAAGUACUGGCCACUGGAGGUGAUGAUAAGAAAGUCAAUCUAUGGGCUAUAGGCCGGCAAAGUUGUUUGAUGAGUCUUAGUGGACACACAACCCCUGUGGAAUGUGUGUGUUUUGGACAUUCAGAAGAUCUAGUCUGUGCUGGUUCACAAACAGGAGCUUUAAAAAUAUGGGACUUAGAAGCAGCUAAAUUAUUAAGAACUUUUACUGGACACAAAGGUGCUAUAAAGUGUAUGGACUUUCACCCCUAUGGUGAUUAUCUGACUACAGGCUCUUGUGACAGUAAUAUAAAAUUAUGGGACACAAGGCAGAGAGGAUGCAUAUAUACAUAUUCCAGUCAUCAUGUGGCUGUAAAUAGUUUGCAGUUUAGUCCGGAUGGCCAGUGGAUUGCAUCAGCUUGUGAAGACGGAAUAGUAAAAGUAUGGGAUGUGCGUGUUGGUAAGGUGUUGCAAGAGUUUAUCGAGCACACGUCAUCUGUCACUUGUGUCAAGUUCCACCCACAUGAGUUCCUGCUUGCAAGCUCUGGGACUGACAAAACAGUAAAUUUUUGGGACAUGGAGAAAUUCCAAUUGGUGUCCAAAUUUGAGAAGGAGCAAACAUCCAUUAGGUUUAUGCAAUUUAGUGAAGACGGCGCGACGCUGCUAGGCUGCGGCAACGACGGACUGCAUGUGGUAGGUUGGGAGCCUGCGCGCGUGCUUGAUACUGUGCAUGGACAUUGGGGCCCGAUACACGACAUCACUGUUGCACAAACACAGCUUAUUGUGGGAUCGUUCCACGCCACUUACGUGGUAUUAUCAGUAGUUGAUCUCGCUAAAGUGCACCCGUUCGGCGGGCCACCUCCGGUGUCGCCGCCCGUCGUCAGGGAACUAUCACCGUUCCAGAAAGGACAAAGUGUCCGGAAGAGUUUUUCCAAAGAGAAACCGCCUAAACAAAUGAUGCACCGACCGACUCUUCUAGACGAGAAAACUGCGGAAGAGUCUGCCUCAGGAACGGAAGCUGAUGAAGACUCCGGCGCUGUCAUAUCGAACAUUCAUGAUUACACGGAAAUAUUCCGCCCUUCUAGAUCUUUGAAUCGAACUCCUCCACCGGCUGACGAUUACCCCAUCCCAGAUCAAGAUGCCACGAACUUGGUGCAUACAGCAGCGACGUCGCUCCGCGAUCUAAUGCUGGGCGAACCUCCUCAGUCUCCGUCUCCCGCACAACUCACCCGCCCUCAGCCGCAGCCCUCGCCGCCGCAGCGUCAGCGCACUGAAAUACAAACCUCACGUAUACCCACUUCUACUAAAGAGUACAGUAGUUUUGAUAAAAAACCUGAGAUAUUGCAUCAUGGGACUAAAGACAAUAGCACAUUCACCACUGCACCUACCGCAACCGUUCGAGACUACGCCGCCAGCCCGCUCUCAGCUUCACUUAACCGCCAUAACUCUUACAAAGAAACUAAACGGAACUGUGAAAUGACCUCUGGUCUUCGUCAGAGCAAUAGCGACAUGGCGUUGGGCCCACCAUCCCUGGGACCUAGGUCGUUAUCGUUUAGCAAGACACCUAGUGAAACAAGACGUAGGGUAGAUAGCAUAAGCCGAGAAGCCGUGCAAAUGUAUCACGCUGAGACAGCAGAAAAUGACCGCGAAUUGGAGUUUGUGCCAUUCGCUACAGACCGACCUGUAGGCCUUGACCUUGAUGAGUUUUUGCCUCGUGGCUUAACAGUAGGCAUGGCGGGGCGGGGGACGCGUGUCGGUGGUGCUGAGCCCAGUGAGCAGGAGGUCCUCGGCGUUAUGAUGCGUGGACACGACUCUAUGAUGGCUGUUCUCACUGCCAGAGAACGCGCUUUGCAAAUAUUCCACUCCGUAAGAAUGAACAAAAAUUUGAAAACUGCCCUAGAAUCCGUUAUCGCCUUGGAGGAUACAUCUGUGAUUCUCGAUAUUCUUAAUGUGAUGGCUCACAAACCAUCACUUUGGAAUUUAGACAUUUGUCUGCUGAUGCUGCCUAAAAUAUACGAUUUAUUACAAAGCAAAUACGAAUCGUAUAUGCAAUGUGGCUGCAACGCGCUAAGGUUAAUAGUGCGCAACUUUUCGUCAGUAGUUCGCGCUAAUGUGAGUGCGCCAGUUCAUACAUUGGGUGUGGAUAUACCGCGUGAGGAGCGAUAUGCAAAGUGCGUGCAGAUUCACAGAUUAUUGCUGGACGUACGUGCGUUCCUGCUCAAACGACAGACACUGCAGGGCCGCCUCGGCGCCGCCUUCAGAGACCUUCACACACUCAUGCAACAAGGUCUAGACUGACAUACCAUUGAUAAUCACCACCAACAACAAAUAAUAAGCUGGAUAUUCGCGAGAUCUUUAAACCACCCUACUCUUUGAAAUACAAUAUGAUACAGUACACAAUAAAAUGUGAUCUAUUGUUUUGACAUUCUCUCAUUAAUUUGGUCUCUGAAGAAUCUGGUGUUUAUAAUCUAACUUAAAUGCGACAAACAAACACUCUUAUGUUAUGUUUGCUAUAGUGAACUUGCCUUGUCACGUCUAGAGAUGUGUUUUUUCCCGAUAAAUAUCUGUCAAUAGAUAAAUAUCCGAUUUCACUGAGUAUUUAUCCUAGAACAUGGAUAAUUAUUUUUUUGUGUUUUUAUAAUAGAAUUAAUUUUUUAUUAAAUAAUUACGUACGAUUACUUCUCAUUUUGCCAUUGUUUUAUGUAACAUUACUGUUUUAGUACCUAAGUUUUGAGUCGAUAACAUCUCACUAAUGGUAGGAAUGUAAAUUAAAUGCAACAUACUUUAACCUAACUUAACCUAACCGAAACUUUUAUCAACAUAAAAGUUGACUGGUUUAGAAAAUUCGAUUGACAGAAAAAUAUCAAUAGAACUGUAACCAUUGAGCUGACCUAUCCUGCUUAAUAAAGUGCGACCUAACUUUAUGGUUUUGGGGUCCACUGCGUACUAAAUAAAAUCAUGUUUGGACUUGAAAUAGCCCAAGGAUUCUCCUUCACAUUUCACACACCAAAUCUAUUAAUUAAAACACAUGAUAUAAAAAAUAAAUGUUUAUAAUUGUGUAGGUACACAAAAUGUUUUAAUGCAAAGUGUGAACACAAUUGUCCUUAGCGGCUCUUUCCGUCUCUUUCGUACUAUGUAAAUUAUUCGGUAGCGAAUGUAGGGUUUGGCAAAAUAGUGGCCAAGUUAUUUUGAAUUGAAUUUACUUUGUAUUAGAAUUAAUUAUCGUUUAAGCAUUUCCCAUGACGUCUGUAGUUUUUUCAAAUAAAAUAUUGAACAACCAAAAACUCUUAUAUUCUAUAUACGAAGCUGCACAACUGUACAAUAGUGGACCAACUUAGUGACUUGAAAAAAAAAAUCCAUACAAAAUGUUAGACAGCUGAUUAAUAUUGUGUGGAGAUAAUUCUUUUUUUUAAAUAAACUACGUAUUUAAAAAAUAAUUAGGUU